GUUUGGGGCGUCUGGUCCGGACCGCGCGGGAUCGGGUCCGUAUUUUAUGUAUGAAGGUUGAAAAGGCUGCAAGCUCAGGGUACCUGUGUAUGGUCUCAAGAUGGGGAAAUUUCUCUCCAAGAUAUUUGGCAACAAGGAAAUACGAAUUUUGAUGCUGGGACUGGAUGCCUCUGGAAAAACCACAAUCCUUUACAAGCUUAAAUUGGGCCAGUCGGUUACGACAAUACCUACGGUGGGAUUCAACGUGGAAACGGUGUCAUACAAGAACGUCAAGUUCAACGUUUGGGACGUGGGCGGCCAGGACAAGAUCCGGCCGCUCUGGCGGCACUACUACACCGGCACGCACGGCCUCAUCUUCGUGGUGGACUGCGCCGACCGCGACCGCAUCGAUGAGGCGCGUCAGGAGCUGCACCGCAUCAUCAACGACAGAGAGAUGCGACACGCCAUCGUCCUGGUGUUCGCCAACAAACAGGACCUGCCAGACGCAAUGAAGCCGCACGAAAUUCAGGAGAAGCUCGGCCUGACGCGUAUAAACGACCGCAACUGGUACGUGCAACCGGCCUGCGCCACCACCGGCGACGGACUCUUUGAGGGCCUCGUGUGGCUGACGUCGAAUCACAAGUCAUGAGUGCGCUCGCUAGAUGGCGUGGC